AUGCAACAGAAUACACCAGAUGGACCAUCACCAGCUCCGAUGACUGCUACAAGCAAGAAAAAGGGGAAACCAGUAGUAGAUGAACAUUGGCCAGAGCUGUCAAAACAAAGAGGAACUGGAUCUGGAAAACCACAGAUCUUACUGGGAAGUAAUGGAACAGUAACACAGGGCAAACCAAACAAUACGCAGAGGAAGUUCGAAAUGAAUGGAGAAGCAGUACUGAAGCCAUGGACGAAUCUUUUUGCUACCAACCGCUUGGCGACUAGAGGUAUGAACCUAAACUACAUACCACCAGUGAUUGUGGAUGGGGAAAAAAUAGUGGAGAUACUGCCUGAGGAUGUAGCUCAAGAUGAUGAGAAAUGGGCUCCAUCACUAGUAAUAUAUGUGGUGGGAACAGCUCCAUCUAUUGGAGCCAUGGAGAGGUUUAUAAUGGGACAAGGAAACUUCUCCACAAAACCUAUAAUAUUAUAUCAUAUAGAUGGCUACUUUGUUACGAGAUUUGCAAGUGAGGAAGAGAGGGACAUGGUGUUGUGCUCAGGACCUCACCAUUUUCUGAGAAGGCCUGUCAUAAUGAAACCAUGGGUUUCGGAGUUCAAUUUCAAGGAGGAGAUUCUUACUACCAUUCCACUAUGGGUCAAGCUACCAAAUCUGCCUCUUAAUUGUUGGAAUUCAGUUGUCUUGAGUAAAAUAGGUAGCAGUGUGGGGAAGCCUUUAUAUGACGAUGAAUGUACAACUCAAACUAGUAGAAUCUCUUUUGCUAGAAUUUUAGUGGAAGUAGAUGUAACUAGAUCCCUGGCAAAGGUGAUUAAAAUACAGGAUCCAAAAGGAAAAAUAGUGGAGCAGAAAGUUUGGUAUGAAUGGAAACCAAUAUUUUGCCAGAAAUGUCUACAAGUGGGGCAUGCAUGUGUGGAUAAACAAGUUGCACCUACACAGAUCCAGAAGAAAACUCAGAGACAAGGGCAAAGGAAAGAAGGGAUACCAACCACAAACAAAGAAGUAUGA